ACUGGACCAGAAGCGCCAACCGAGCAAUCAGAAACUCCGCAAAACCAAAUCAUUACGCUCUAUUACUACUCGACCGGCGAAGCGCCUACAAGAUAAUAUAAACAAUAGUCGUAUGUCACUAGAAGUGUAAACACCAAGAAAAUACAAGCGUUCAGUGCCCGAGUUUGUACGAGAAAGUCGCUCAACGUCACAACAAUGACCACAGAAGCAGUGAUAGACAUGCUUCCUGUAUCGGUGAAAAAUCCGGCGGAAGUGGUGGCCACCCUCCGUAAGAAUUUCUACUCGAACAAAACCAAAUCGUUGAAAUUCCGAAAGACCCAGCUGAAGAAUCUCAUCAAGUUUUUCGAAGACAACGAGGAUGAGCUGUGUGAGGCCCUGUACAAAGACCUGAGGAAGCCGAAGACUGAGUCAAUUCUGUGCGAGAUUCAGUUCACCCUGAACGAAGUGAAAAACUUACUUUGGAAUUUGGAUGAAUACGCAAAAACCGAAUAUCCAGAGAAGGGAAUGGUUAACAUGUUGGAUGGCGUGGAGAUCCACAAGGAUCCUUAUGGGGUUGUUUUAGUUAUUGGCUCCUGGAAUUAUCCCCUGAAUAUUGCUUUAAAUCCCAUGGCAGGUGCGAUAGCAGCAGGCAACUGCGUGGUCCUGAAACCGUCCGAAAAGGCUCCAGCUACAGCAGAAUUAAUAGCAAAACUACUACCAAAUUACCUGAACACCGAUUGCUACCAAGUACUUUGCGGUGGAGUACCCGAGACAACAGAAAUCCUCAAACAAAAAUUCGAUUACAUUUUCUACACCGGCUCCACAGCGGUCGGAAAAAUCAUUUACGAAGCUGCGCACAAGCACCUGACCCCCGUGACCUUGGAACUAGGAGGAAAAUCACCCGUUUACAUCGACAACACAGCGGACAUGGAAAUUGCUGCGAAAAGGAUACUCUGGGGAAAGUGCGUUAACGCAGGACAAACAUGCGUCGCACCUGACUACAUCCUGUGCACCAAGGAGGUGCAAGAAAAAUUCCUGAUUUACGCCGAGCAAGCCAUCAAGGAAUUUUUUGGAAACAGCGUCAAGGCAUCCCCAGAUUUCGCCAGGAUCAUCAACGACUACCACUUCAACAGGCUUGUCAGGCUUCUGAAAGACGCCAAAAUAGCCAUCGGAGGUCAUACGGACCCCACUGACAGGUUCAUCUGUCCCACAAUCGUUAUAGAUGUACUUCCUGGUGAACCCCUCAUGCAAGAGGAGAUUUUUGGACCAAUUCUUCCAAUCGUUAACGUCACAAACGUGCAAGAUGCCAUCAGAUUCAUAAAUGAAGGGGAGAAACCUUUAGCUCUCUACAUCUUCUCCAAAAACUCCAAAGACACGAAACUUAUUCUUGAUAACACAUCCAGCGGUGGAGCUGCGGUCAACGAUGUCAUUCUACAUAUUGCAGUGGAAUCUCUACCAUUUGGUGGUGUUGGUAGCAGUGGUAUAGGAUCUUAUCAUGGAAAACAAUCUUUUGAUACUUUCGUACACAAGAAAAGCGUACUGAAGAAAAAUUUUGCGACUGUACCUGAAAAAAUUCAAGCAUUGAAAUAUCCUCCCUAUACCAGCAAGAAACUAAUGUUGAUGCAGAAUGCCAUUGAGAAAAGGAAGGGACUAUCUUUAUCCUUCUUACCGCAAUUGCUCUUCUUCUUGCUGGGGAUAGUCUUAACUGUGGGUGCUUAUUUCUUGUGGUUGUAUAUAAACCAUGAUGGAAUUUUCAAAAGUGAUUGAAUCAAUUUGGGACAAAUCAAAAAUUUCAACAUGAUGAAGUGAUAAUGGAUCAAAAUGGAAACCUGCACUCAUUACUCUAUUCCCGGAGAAGGAUUCCUCAUUGUAUUCGACUGUGUUAUUAUAUUAAACAUUAAGGUACCUAUGGUGACGAUGGUGUUAGCUCUACUUCAUUAGAUUCGUUAUUAUUCUAUUUAUUUUUUGGUUAGCGUAAUCUAUUGGUUUGAGGAUUUUCUUUCGAGUGGUGAACAUUUUCAAUGUUUCAUUUACGCUAAAAAGAAAACGAACUCUGUUUGGGAGUAUUCUGUAUCAGAAAUGAAAUAUUCAUACAUGUUCCAUCCAUUAAGAUUUAGUGUUAGUCUAUCUGAAGUAAAUUUAAAAAUACAUUAGUUUUGAUAAGAAAUUAA